AAACCCAAAAGUUGUCCCAUUCCCGCCAUAGCCGCCGAUCUUCCUCACGCUCUGAGCCCACUCGCUUAGGUUUGGAGAUUGCCUUUCUCUCUGUUUUCCCCUUUAAUUUUCUACAUUUUUCCAUUAUUUCUGGACACAAUCAAUACAUUUCUACUUUCAAAUCAUGAAUUUUUUUAAUAAAAAAGGAUAAAUAUUUUCGAGUAUUUUGAAAUCAGAAAUUUUUUUAUCUUUUCUUUUUUUCUAAAAAAAAAUGUUCUUAAACUUUUUGAAUUCAAAAUUUUUCAGUCACGAACCGAAAUGUGAUUCGCAUCGAUCGACAGUUUUUGAUUGAAUUUGGGCCAUUAAAGGGACCUAUCAGCGCCAAUGAUAGUCUUUUGAAUAACAGAGUGAAAAGAAUAUCCUAGAAUUUUAAGUUUUGCAUGAGGAUUUUGGAUAGCUAGAAAUAAUUUUCGAGGGAAGCCCUUGUCAACAUGUUAAGAAGAUGCAUGAAAACGAUGGGCAUGAGAGGGAGAAUGACCAGGUUGAAGAAGGCAAUGCCGUUAAAAAGGAAAGUGAUGUUUUGGAUGCGUCAACUGGGAAUAUGAAUGAUGCUUCCAAAUCAAGCAAUAGAAAUGAUGAUAAGAAUAAGAGAAAGCAGGAUAGCAAUGAAAAGAAGAAGGAUCUAAUAAAAAGGAGGAAAUCAGAGUUUGAUACAGAUGAAAAGGAAUCUCAGAAGGCUCAGAAGAAGCCUAAGAAAAGUAAAGAUGUAGUUGGCGAAAUUAAAGAGAUUUCAAUGGAAACUUGUUUGGGUGGAAAAGAGAAAAUGGAACAAGAAAGUAGAUGAGGCAAUGUAUUUGGAGAACAAUUUUGAUUGGGAAGUAAAAAAAGUUAGGAAAGACAAACACUAGAAGAAGAAGAGAGAUGGGAUUGAUUCACUUGCUACUGUGACCAAAGCCCUUGAGCAUGGUGAUCGAUUUGCCUUCAUGGCUGACCUGAAGCACAGAAUUCUUAUGGUUUCUGAUUUUUUCUAUCCCAACUUUGGUGGUGUUGAGAAUCACAUUUAUUAUCUGUCACAAUGCCUACUAAAACUUGGUCACAAGGUGGUUGUUUUGACCCAUGCUUAUGGAAAUCGAUCAGGAGUGAGAUACAUGACAGGUGGCCUGAAGGUUUAUUAUGUACCAUGGCAGCCAUUUCUUAUGCAGAACACAUUACCUACUUUUUACGGGACAUUUCCAAUAAUAAGGACUAUACUUCUUCGGGAAAAGGUAUCGCUUGUGCAUGGUCAUCAGGCCUUCUCAACUCUAUGCCAUGAGGCUUUGAUGCACGCACGCACUAUGGGAUACAAGGUUGUAUUUACUGAUCAUUCAUUGUAUGGUUUUGCUGAUGUGGGAAGCAUCCACAUGAACAAGGUUCUGCAGUUUACUUUAGCAGAUGUAACCCGGGCCAUUUGUGUUUCUCACACAAGCAAGGAAAAUACAGUGCUACGGUCAGGUUUGCCGCCAGGAAAGGUUUUUGUGAUACCUAAUGCUGUGGACACAGCUAUGUUCAAGCCUGCUCCAGAGCGCCUUGGCCAUAAUGAAAUUGUUAUUGUUGUGAUAAGUAGGUUGGUUUAUCGGAAGGGUGCAGAUUUGCUUGUGGAAGUCAUUCCAGAAGUUUGCCGUUUGUAUCCCAAUGUUCGUUUCAUUGUUGGAGGAGAUGGACCUAAACGAGUGCGGUUGGAAGAGAUGAGAGAAAAGCAUUCCCUUCAAGAUCGAGUUGAGAUGUUGGGGGCUGUACCACAUGCUUCUGUAAGGUCUGUGCUGAUUUCUGGCCACAUAUUCUUAAACAGUUCUUUGACAGAAGCUUUUUGCAUAGCCAUAUUGGAGGCCGCAAGUUGUGGACUGUUAACUGUCAGUACACGUGUAGGAGGUGUCCCAGAGGUUUUACCAGAUGACAUGAUAGUACUUGCUGAACCAGAUCCUCAUGAUAUGGUACGAGCAAUAAAGAAUGCAAUAUCUAUCCUUCCUAAGAUUGAUCCACAAGUUAUGCAUGAUCGUAUGAAGGGACUUUAUAAUUGGAAUGAUGUUGCCAAAAGGACAGAGAUAGUGUAUAAUCGUGCUUUGAAAUGUUCUGAUCAGAGCCUCCUAGAACGUCUCUCAAGGUAUCUUUCAUGUGGAGCUUGGGCGGGCAAGCUCUUUUGCCUGGUUAUGAUAAUUGACUUUUUGCUAUGGCGUCUUUUGGAACUAUGGCAGCCUGCAAAGGAUAUCGAAGAGGUGCCUGAUGUCGUUCUACCCUGCGAUCAAGAUGGAGAAAAGAUUAUCCAAAAAAUUUACAAUCAAGUGGAUCAUUAAAGCAAGAUGAUGAUUCUGAUCUUU